CUACGAGUGUCACGUGACAUUUGGGCCAGUCGGUAAAGCCCUAACGCGUAGCAGGAAGUAGUCGCUUUGUAUACCCGUAGUACGAGGAUUUCAAUCCCAGUCGCAGUCCGCGCCAUAGUUUAUUGAAAAUCGCAUUGCCGAGUCGUGGCUUACUGUAACUCUGUCCAGCCGGUGGCGACGUAUACCAAGGCACCAUGAAUCCUCCGUGUGCGCGGUGUAAAAAAACCGUCUAUCCGAUGGAAAAGUUGAACUGCUUGGACAAGAUAUGGCAUAAAGCGUGUUUUACAUGCGAGGAGUGCAAUUUGAAAUUGACCAUGCAGACGUAUAAGGGAUAUAACAAGUUGCCGUACUGCAAAGUACACUACCCGACAACAAAAUUCACAGCAGUGGCCGACACGCCUGAAAACUUGAGACUCAAAAAGCAACAGAAGGCUCAGAGCAGUGUAAGUAAAAGAAUAAUUAGCGAUCACAAGUAUACCAUACACACAUAUAUAAAUAUACAUUGUAUCAUGCAUCGUGCCAUAGAUAUGCACAUGCAUUUGUUUCACAAUCUGAUACAAGAUGACAGAAUAGCGGCUAUUUUAGUAUUAGAAAAGUUAAAUCAACCAUCAAGUAUCCGAACUACAGCUCUUCCCUCUCCACCCCGGACCCCGUCACCCGAACCAGCACCAAUACCAACACGAUCAGUUCCACCACCACAACCCAGAUACCGCGCAUUGUACGAUUAUGACGCCACGGACAGUGACGAAGUAACCUUCAUCGAAGGCGACACGUUUAUUAAUAUCGAGGUGGUAGAUGCCGGGUGGUUGUCAGGCACCAACGAAAGAAAUGGACAGGAGGGUAUGCUUCCCGCUAACUACGUGGAACAGAUAUAACUUUGUGUUUUGAAUUACCGCCACAAAAAUAUGUGUGCUCACAUUUUGUAUCUCUACAUUCGUAGUUACACAUCGGCACUUCACAAUUCUUUGUGUAAAUAAUAUUAUCAGGAAAAUGCCAGCCAUAAAAUGCGUAUAUAUUUAGAAAAUUCACAAUCGUAAUAAUCAAUGAAUACUUUUUUUUUUAAAUGCGAAAUUGUUUAUACAUAAACCUUUAUCUGUUGAGGUCCUAUUCGUGUAUUUUAUAUCAUUUCCUCGUAUUUCCGUGUAAAUAAUUUCAAAGCAUAGACUGGAUGAUACACAUAUUUUGCCAAUGCACAAUCAUAAUAAUCAACCCGAAUCUCACAGAUCCAAAACUGCUGUCUAAACAAACGAACAUUUAUAUAGAAAACGGCUCGCAAAUUGUUUUUAAAUUAACUUUAUGGUGUACCGGCAUAUUGAAUUUUCUUCACUUUGCAUCGUAUGAGUGAGAAUAGUCACGACACGCAGUGAAACUGAUGAAAAAAAAACGUCCAGUUUUUGAAAUGUUUAAAUGAUAUAAAAUAACAUCAUCCUGGAGGUAGAUUAUAAUUAGAAUUACGUCAUUCGCAUUGUAAGACAGGGAGUUGAUAUUAUUCAAAAAGAUUUAUAAAAAAUACGUAUUUGUUUUGAAUUUUUGUUUUUAAUAUAAUAAAACUGUAUUACACUUAAUAACUUACUCGUAAGGUGAGUCAGUCUCGUGUUUCAGUGAUAAACGAGCAAAAGACGACUUCGGGGUUUGAGAGAGAGAGAGGAGAUGAUGACUUGAAACUUUCUUCUGAUUAUGUUCAACAUUUUUCAUUCUGUAUUUAAUAUCUAACAUGUAUCCAUUAAUUCUUGACAAUUGUAACAUUAAUAAGACUAAAUCUAAAUAAAUGGUAUUCCUAUGAAAG